GAACCUUGGUGACUCCGGUCCAGAGAAGUUCCUUUAAUGUUUCGUUGGCCUUUGUAUCCUUUGUAGUUGGCAGGCUGUGCGUGUUCAGAGUCAACACUUGACUCCUUCACUCAGUCAAACUGAGUCUGUUCUCCUCAGCUGGGUUUGGCUUCAGCUCGUCUAUAUGUCAACUGCCGAUGCACCGAAAGAACCGAUUGUGCCAGUUACUAGUACUGUUGGAUUAAUGGACUGAACCUCAGUGGAAUCAUCUGAUUAUUAGAGGAACUCUCUUGUCAGGAUCUCACAGAACAUAUCAGACAACCAGGGUCCCCGCCCCUCAUCUGGAACACUGCCCUGUCAGCUUCUCCGUGUCCAUCGUUUGAUUGAUCAAGUUCAGAGAUGAUGAAGUUCAGAGGACCAGAGCUUUGUCCCCCCCCCCCAGGAAAUAUCAACUUCACAUAUGGUCCUAAACCCCCGGCUCCCAAAAUGAAUGGAAAGAAAUCCAGUUCCAGCUCCAGUUCCAGCAGUAGCAGCAGCAGUUUCUUCAACUGGUUCAUGGUCCUGGCCCUGCUGGGGGUCUGGACCUCUGUGGCCGUGGUCUACUUUGACCUGGUGGACUAUCAGGGGGUCAUCGAUAAGGCUAAGAACAUUCAGAUUAAUCUGUCUGAGGAAUUACAAGGUAAACUGGCGGCCUACGACGCCGACGGUGACGGAGACUUUGAUGUGGAGGACGCCAAAGUCCUGCUGGGACUGAAAGAGAAAAUGGGCGUGGUCGAGUCUCAGCGUGCAGGAGAAGAGGCUGCACCGACGGAGGAGAACCAGGAGGCUGAGGAGGAGCAGGAGGCGGAGCCAACACCAGAGGCCGUGGUGGAGCCGGACCCCGAGCCUGUGAUUGAAGCCGCUGUGGCAGAAGACGUCUCUGCUCCGCCUCCAGAACCUGAACCUGAAGCUGAACCUGAGGAGGUGGUGAUUGAGGAAGAUCCAGAGGAGGUUAAGGAGCAGGCUGUGGAAGAAGAGCUCAAUGAGGAGGUGACUGAGACUGUAGCUGAGGAGAGCGCCCCCGUGGAAGAAGCAGUGGAGGUCCAGGCCGAGGAGUCAGUUGACGAGGAGCUUGAAUCUUUAGAGGAACCUGUAGAGGAGGAGAAGGAGGAGGCCGCUCCUGUUGAAGAACCUGUAGAGGAGGAGAAGGAGGAGGCCGCUCCUGUUGAAGAACCUGUAGAGGAGGAGAAGGAGGAGGCCGCUCCUGUUGAAGAACCUGUAGAGGAGGAGAAGGAGGAGGCCGCUCCUGUUGAAGAACCUGUAGAGGAGGAGAAGGAGGAGGCCGCUCCUGUUGAAGAACCUGUAGAGGAGGAGAAGGAGGAGGCCGCUCCUGUUGAAGAACCUGUAGAGGAGGAGAAGGAGGAGGCCGCUCCUGUUGAAGAACCUGUAGAGGAGGAGAAGGAGGAGGCCGCUCCUGUUGAAGAACCUGUAGAGGAGGAGAAGGAGGAGGCCGCUCCUGUUGAAGAACCUGUAGAGGAGGAGAAGGAGGAGGCCGCUCCUGUUGAAGAACCUGUAGAGGAGGAGAAGGAGGAGGCCGCUCCUGUUGAAGAACCUGUAGAGGAGGAGAAGGAGGAGGCCGCUCCUGUUGAAGAACCUGUAGAGGAGGAGAAGGAGGAGGCCGCUCCUGUUGAAGAACCUGUAGAGGAGGAGAAGGAGGAGGCCGCUCCUGUUGAAGAACCUGUAGAGGAGGAGAAGGAGGAGGCCGCUCCUGUUGAAGAACCUGUAGAGGAGGAGAAGGAGGAGGCCGCUCCUGUUGAAGAACCUGUAGAGGAGGAGAAGGAGGAGGCCGCUCCUGUUGAAGAACCUGUAGAGGAGGAGAAGGAGGAGGCCGCUCCUGUUGAAGAACCUGUAGAGGAGGAGAAGGAGGAGGCCGCUCCUGUUGAAGAACCUGUAGAGGAGGAGGAGGAGGCCGCUCCUGCUGAGGAACCUGUGGAGGAGUCGUCACCAGAGAAAGAGCAGGAACAAACAGCAGCAGACACUGAGACAAACCCACAGAUGGAGGUCCAACCCACAGAAACGUAGAGUGUCCAGCAGGUGGAGCUGCUGAUGUCACAUCAUCACCACCACCACCUGAGAACAAUGAUGCCUUUUUAUUUCCCUCUCUUUGGUGAAAGGUUGAGUCCUCAUCCCCCCCCCCCCAUCACUUCCCC